AGUCUCCAGAAAGUGGUAGUAAGAGAAGUGUGAAAAAGAAAGAAAGAAGCUAAGAAUGGGGCACAAGAACACAAUUUUGUUGGCACUGCUUGCUACCAUGGUUGCAAAGGAGGUCUUUGCAGCACAACAUGUUGUUGGUGGAAACCAAGGUUGGGAUCAAUCCACAGACUUUAAGUCAUGGACUUCAGGCCAAACAUUCAAGAUUGGAGAUAAACUUGUUUUCAAGUACAGUUCUUUGCACAGUGUGGUUGAGCUAGGCAACGAGAGUGCCUACAAGAGUUGUGAUAUCAGCAAUCCAAUCCAAUCUUUGAGUACCGGCAAUGAUGUUGUGAAAUUGGAGAAACCAGGUACGAGGUACUUCACUUGUGGUACCUUGGGUCACUGUAGUCAAGGGAUGAAGCUCAAAAUUACCAUACUUAAAGGGAAUGCUCCUUCUCCUUCAUCAUCACCAUCUUCAUCACCAUCAUCAUCUCCCUCAUCAUCACCAUCAUUGACUUCACCAUCUUCUUCUCCUGCUAUUACUACUGAUGCAUCUUCAGCCUCACAAUGCUUCACCUCUUUUAUGUUCAUUCUUGCAUUAUCUCUCACUCUAAUUCUUUCCUUGUUUUAAUUCAUAAAAUAAGUAUCACACUUUUGGAUGGAAAUUUUAAUUCAACUCCUUCUAUUCUCCUAAUUUGAAUCAAAUUAGUCCCUUGUUGAAACAUGAAAGGGACAUGCAUGCGCCUUGUAUGUGGUAUUAAAAGUACACAAUAUAUAUAAAUAAUAAUUUUCCUUGUCUCUUGUAA